UCACCCCUCUCUCUGGUGAUUGGCCCCGGGGAGGCGGCGGCAGCCAAUGGGCGCCUCGCUCAGGGCGCGGCUCUUCAAACCUUUCCUUCUUGCGGCUGCCAGCCAGGCCCUGGGCUGGGUGGUGACUCGUUCCUGGGUGGCCGCCCUGCGCCCCGGCCUUUCCUCCUCCCUCAAGACUGCCCAUCGGAAGGAGCUGCCUGAGGCGGUGGAGGGCACAGGGUCAAGAUUAAGGUCAGAGGCUUACUAGGGCUGGGAUUUGACCCGGAAGGGGUAGGAGCCCAGGCCCGGGUCAAGGAGAGAUCCAGGACCUGACUUCACAGGCUUGAAAAUGCCAGUGAAAUUCUGAUCAAGUCGAACAUGCUGUACGGAAAAAGUGGCCUUACCGUGCCACUCGACUGUGCGUUUGUCUCCCCAUUUAUGCGUGAGCUCCUUGGAAGUAGACAUCGGUCCUUCUCAAUGACUUAGCCUAAGGGAUCAAUAAAUGCAUGUGGAACGAAUAAAUGACUAGAUAAGGUCCAGUUGAAAUUGUGUUUAUAUAGGUCCCUGAAAAUCCAGUGGUCAUUUUUAUCAAUUCUAAGUACUGGACUUAAUAAGCUGAUACCGUGUGCUUGCCAUGGUAGGUGCCAACACUUGAACCCUUUAUUUGCAUCUGUUCCAAAUAAUUCUACAAGGUACGUACAAACAUCACCUCUCCUACUCCCCAGCUUUGUGAAACUGAAGAAAUUGAAUUGGAUUGAGAGAGUUUAAGUAAAUUGGCUGAGGACACAGGCACUGGUAGCUGCAGAGGCAAACAUGUGAACCCUGGAACUGGUCCUAACCCGUACAGGGCAUUGUCUCUCAAAUGCUGUGCCUUCCACUGGUGGGAAGAGCACUGUAUGUGGAAAUGAUGAGCCUUGAGUUCAGCCUUCUGCCCCGCUCGGUCCUAAGCUAUGUGAUUGUGUAAGGGUUACUUUCUCUGGGAGUCUCCGCUGUCAAAUGGGGGCAAUUCUAGUUCCCAAGAUUACAUGGGAUAAUGUGCCUGGCAUUGGGAAUUUGGAGGGGGAGGGACUCAGAUCCUAGUCCAACGCCUAAGAGAGAAGCCAUUUAAAUACCUCGUGCCCAAUCUGUGGGACAGCGAACUUGCUCGAGUCAAAAGGGAAGGCAGGAAAAGUGCCCCACUCUAGACAGCUCAGAAUCUUCCUAAAUCUGGCAGGACUUUAGCCAAGGCUCCCGCUCAGCGAAUGUUGGUGGAACGCACAUCGUCUGCCUCUGUGGUUAGGAGGAUGGCAUUUCCCCCAUUUUACAGGUGAGGCAGCUUCAGUGUACCGCAAGGGCUCAUCUGGAAGAAUCUCUUCGAGUUCUAGCCUUAACCCUCCGUCCCGCCGGCCGCCGCAGCCAGGUCGCAGCCAGCAGAGGGCGCUGCCGGGCAUGGCCGAGGAGCGUCGCGGGGCCUGGUUCGGCUUCGGUUUCUGCGGCUUCGGGCAGGCGCUGGGCUCGGGGCGCGGGCGCCAGGUACACAGCCCCGAGCCUCUGAGGGCGCCAGGCGCGGGCCUCGAUGUCUGCCGCGUGAGCGCGAGCUGGAGCUACACCGCCUUCGUGACCCGUGAAGGAGGCCGGGUGGAGCUGUCUGGCUUCGCGGUCGGAGCGGCGGGCGGCUGCAGGGACGCGUGGGCGUCGGAGGAGCUCCUGGUGGUGCUGCGCGCGGGGCCGGGACCCGGGGCCGGGACGGAGCUGCAGGCCUGGGCGCCCGGUUCGGCGCUGCGCGGGGAGCCCCUGUGGGCCCAGACCGUGCCGGAGGCCGAGCGGGAAGACGGACCGGUCGGCGAUGAGACCCAGGCUGGGCCGCUGCCGCUGCUGCCCUGCGCUCGCGCCUACGUGAGCCCGCGGCCGCCCUUCUACUGGCCUCUGGCCCCGACACUGCGGGCGCGCCGGCUGGAGCUGGGCGCUGAGCACGCGUUGCUGCUGGACGCGGCGGGCCAGGUGUUCUCCUGGGGCGGGGGCAGGCACGGACAGCUGGGCCACGGGACUCUGGAGGCAGAGCCGGAGCCGAGGCUGCUGCAGGCGCUGCAGGGCCUAACCAUGGCUGAGGUGGCCGCAGGUGGCUGGCACUCUCUGUGUGUGAGUGAGGCUGGGGAUAUUUAUAUCUGGGGCUGGAAUGAAUCAGGGCAGCUGGCCCUGCCCACCAAGAGCCUGGCAGAGGAUGGAAAGACAACCGCAGAAGCCUCAGGACUGAAUGAAGAUGGUUCUGAAGUGAAGACAGUAGCCGGGGGUGAGGAUGGAGCCCCCGCCCCCUUCAUAGCUGUCCAGCCCUUCCCGGCUUUACUGGACCUCCCCCUGGGCUCAGAUGCAGUCAAGGCCAGCUGUGGAUCCCGGCACACAGCGGUGGUGACAAGAACGGGGGACCUCUACACUUGGGGCUGGGUUUUCUUUUUUUUUUUGGCCUCACCGCACAACUUGUGAGAUCUUAGCUCCCCGACCAGGGAUGGAACCUGCGCCCUCAGCAAUGAAAGCGCCGUCUUAACCACUGCCCGCCAGGGAAUUCUCAAAAAACCUUUACUUAAAAAAGUUUGCUUAGUCUGCUUCACACAGCAUUUAAAUAACAGAGAUUUUCUCUCCUUUCUUGGUACACCUGGAUAACAGAGACCACUCUGGCACCAGAGAGACUAAACUCUGGAUGUGCUUUUCUAUCAGUCAGCCAGGAGGCCUCCAACAAGUCACUGAAGCUCUUUGUGUGCAAAUGAUGAGGAUAGAGGUUCUCACUGGCCCCCUCUCUGUCGCAGCAUAUUCAGGGGUUCUGAAUCACCAAGCUAUAUCUCCAAGAACAUCAGUUUCUCCAUAGGCUUUUUUUUUUCUUUUCUGCUCACUUCUUCCUUCCUUCCUUCCUUCCUUCUUUCCUUCCUUCCUUCUCUCUCUCCCUCCCUCCCUCUCUCUCUCUAUUUAUGUUAUUUUUGGCUGCAUUGGGUCUUCAUUGCUGCGCUGGCUUUCUCUAGUUGCGGUGAGCGGGAGCUACUCUUCGUUGUGAUGGGCAGGCUUCUCAUUGCAGUGGCUUCUCUUGUUGUGGAGCACAGGCUCUAGGGCGCACGGAUUUCAGUAGUUGUGGCACGUGGACUCAGUAGUUGUGGCACGUGGACUCAGUAGUUGUGGUGCAUGGGCUUAGUUGCUCCACAGCAUGUGGGAUCCUCCUGGACUAGGGCUCGAACCCAUGUCCGCUGCAUUGGCAGGCGGAUUCCCAACCUUGCACCACCAGGGAAGUCCUCCUUAGGUUUUAAUAUAUUCACAUCCAAGACAUUUCUCUAGCCAAGAAAUCCCAAUUCAAAGGUUGCCUGUCCUAGUUCAAUAAAAGCUUCUGCACAAAUAUCAGCUGCCUAUACCAGAUGGCCAAUUAUCAAUACCCACAUAAUGAAGAGUGUUUAAAAGAAUUUACAGGGACUUCCCUGGUGGUCCAGUGGGUAAGACUUGGCACUCCCAGUGCAGGGGGCCCGGGUUUGAUCCCUGGUCAGGGAACUAGAUCCCACGUGCAUGCCGCAAAUAAGACCCCAGUGCAGCCAAAAAUAAUUAUUAAAAAAAAAAAAAAAGAAUUUACUGUACUCCAUUUUAGAAAUGUUAACAGGUAUCAAGGUAUUUAAUAUAACCUCAAUGAACUCAAGUUUAACUAAAGUGCUUCCUCAGACAAAUAAUCCCUUUGCACUUCACUUUUAAGACAAAAGAACCCACAAGUCAAAAUCCUAAUUUUAGCAUUUUAUGUAAAAUAACCUAUACAAGAGGGACUUCCCUGGUGGCGCAGUGGUUAAGACUCUGUGCUCCCAAUGCAGGGGGCCCAGGUUGAAUCCCUGGUCAGGGAACUAGAUCCCACAUGCAUGCCACAACUAAGAGUUCACAUGCCACAACUAAGGAGCCCACCUGCUGCAACUAAGGAGCCAGUGAGCCACAACUAAGAAGCCAGCGAGCCGCGACUAAGGAGCCUGUGUGCCACAACUAAGACCCAGUGCAACCAAAUAAAUAAAAAGUUUUUUAAAAAUUAAAAAAUAAAAUAAAAUAAAAUAACCUACAAGAGGACUUCCCUGGCAGUCCAGUGGUUAAGACUCCGUGCUCCCAAUGCAGGGGGCCCAGGUUGAAUCCCUGGUCAGGGAACUAGAUCCCACAUGCAUGCCACAACUAAGAGUUCUCAUGCUACAACUAAGAAGCCCACCUGCUGCAACUAAGGAGCCAGCAAGCUGCAACUAAGGAGCCCGUAUGCCACAACUGAGACAGUGUAAACAACCCAAAUGGCCAUCAACUAAUGAACAGGUAAAUAUAUACCUAUACAAUGGAAUAAUAUUUGACAAUAAACCCUGAAAACAUGCCAAGUGAAAGAAGCCAGUCACAAAAGAGAACAUAUCAUGAUUCCAUUUAUGUGAAAUAUCCAGAAUAGGCAAAUCUAUAGAGAAAGAAGUGGAUUAGCAGUUGCCUAGGGCUGGGAUUCAGGGGAGGGAGGUGGGUGGGAAAAGGGGACUGAACGCUUUUAAACGGAUGAUAAAAAUGUUAACUGACUGCAGUGAUAGUUGCACAACUCUGAAUAUACUAAAAAUAUUAAAUUGUGACAUGUUAAAUAGAUGAAUUGUAUAGUAUGAGGAUUAUAUCUCAAUAAAGCUGUUAUUUUAAAAAAUCUGGCACAUAAUAGGAAGUUGUGAAAUUUGUGACUUACUUGAAAAACAGAUAUGAUUGCUAAUUCAUUUAGUCAAAUUACUUCUACAAAAUAAAAUGACAUGAAAUUGGGAUAAAAUUCAUAGAUCUCAAAUUCAAUUAAAACCAAAACAAACACCUAUACAGCAGAUGUACUGCUAAACUCCAGCAGAUGGGCCUAAACACAAUUUGUAACAAUGAAAAGGUUAACCCUCCCUUGGAGCUGAUUACUUUAACAAGUGUUUGGAAUUACCAAAUAUUCUAGAAGCAGUUCUCAUGACAAUAUAAUUUUCUCUUUUUUUUGAAUUUUAUUUAUUUUUUAUACAGCAGUUAUUAGUUAUCUAUCUUAUUAGUUAUCUGUUUGAUACAUAUUAGUGUAUACAUGUCAAUCCCAAUCUCCCAAUUCAUCCCACCACCCUACCCCACCCCCGCCGCUUCCCCCCUUGGUGUCCAUACGUUUGUUCUCUACAUCUGUGUCUCUAUUUCUGCCCUGCAAACCGGUUCAUCUGUACCAUUUUUCUAGGUUCCAUAUAUAUGCAUUAAUAUAUGAUAUUUGUUUUUCUCUUUCUGACUUACUUCACUCUGUAUGACAGUCUCUAGAUACAUCCACGUCUCUACAAAUGACCCAAUUUCGUUCCUUUUUAUGGCUGAGUAAUAUUCCAUUGUAUAUAUGUACCACAUCUUCUUUAUCCAUUCGUCUGUCGAUGGGCAUUUAGGUUGCUUCCAUGACCUGGCUAUUUUAAAUAGUACUGCAAUGAACAUUGGGGUGCAUGUUUCUUUCUGAAUUAUGGUUUUCUCUGGGUAUAUGCCCAGUAGUGGGAUUGCUGGGUCAUAUGGUAAUUCUAUUUUUAGUUUUUUAAGGAACCUCGAUACUAUUCUCCAUAGUGGCUGCAUCAAUUUACAUUCCCACCAACAGUGCAAGAGGGUUCCCUUUUCUCCACACCCUCUCCAGCAUUUGCUGUUUGUAGAUUUUCUGAUGAUGCCCAUUCUAACUGGUGUGAGAUGAUACCUCAUUGUAGUUUUGAUUUGUAUUUCUGUAAUAAUUAGUGAUGUUGAGCAGCUUUUUUUUUUUUU